AUGCCUACAAACAAAGACCUCGCCGGCAAAGUCGCCAUAAUCACAGGCUCCAGCCGCGGCAUCGGAGCUGCCAUAGCCCUCAAGUUUGCCCAGCGCGGUGCAGACAUAGCCAUCAACUACGUCUCAAAUGCCUCAGCCGCCGAGACCGUCGCAGGCCAAAUCCGUGCCCUAGGUGUCCGCGCCAUCACACUCCAGGCAGACGUUUCCCAAGAAGAAGAAGUCAAGGCCAUGUUCGAGACUCUCAUUCGUGAAUUCGGACGCCUUGACAUUGCCGUGAGCAACUCUGGCAUUGAGCAUUUCGGCGAUCUCUCCGAAGUCAAGGGCAGCGAUAUCGACGCCGUCUUUGCGGUCAAUGUCAAAGGACAGUACUUUGUUGCGCAGCAGGCUUAUCGAUUCAUGGAAGAUUACGGGCGGGUGAUGCUGACUUCGUCGAUUUCAGCCGUCAAGGGUGUCCCUCGCCACGCCGUCUAUGCUGCCUCCAAAGCCGCCGUGCAGGGCAUGACCAAGUGUCUUGCUGUGGACUUUGGGGCGCGCAAUAUCACUGUCAAUUGCAUUGCUGCUGGUGGCGUCAAGACUGAUAUGUAUGCUGAGAUGUCGGCGAAGUACAUCCCUGGCGGUGACAAGAUGAAUCCGCAGCAGAUCGAUGAGGCUCUGAGUAAGUGGUCGCCGCUUGGUCGGCCCGGGGAAGUAGAGGAUGUUGCGGGAGUGGCGUCUUUGAUUGCUAGUCCUGAGUCGCAGUGGUUGACUGGGCAGACUUGGCAGGUUUCUGGCGGUGCUUACAUGGCUUAG